CAGAAGGCUUCGUAAAACCUUCGCGUGUGGAUGUAUCAGAAACUUCUUGCAAGAAUAAUUUUUUUACGAGAAUAAAAUUCUCCAAAUUUAUUAAGGAAAAGCUUGGUGCAUAUCAUAUAAAAAAGGUCUGUUUACCCAACAAACAUCAACAGCGCAUUCUUGGUUGUGAGUGCAAAUAGCGAGUUUUUCUGAGAAACUGACAAUAAUCAGUAUUUGGCAAGUAAAAAUUUUCACUAGCAUUAUAAAUUAGCGGCUGUCAUGAGCCGUGUACCGAAAAGCACGUCGCCCUUCGAGUUGUGACGGUACACGGUUUGCCACAAAACGAAAACAAUUCUAGUUUAGUGCUAUUGAAACGAGUGUAUACAACAUGUAUUCUCAGCUGCGGGAUAAUAUUUGGGACAGAAUUCGUUUGAAAAAUAAAGAAGCAAACCAUGCUCAUAACCGAGGAAGGAACUCUGCUGUUGGGGACUCUGUGGGCGAAUGGGACUUGAGCCAAAUUGAGUUACACGACGAGCGUCAGUCAGUACAGAAUAUUCCAACAAUUGAUUUAGGAGAUGACGAUGAACCGGAUGCUACGAGCUUUAGCAGAGAAAGAUCUUCUGUCCAAUGUGCAUCGUCGAGUGUUCACACUCCCCAGAUUCAUUCGAUUCCAAUAUCAAAGGAGUGUACAUCUCCUUCCAGCAGUGCAGCAGUCAAUGAAGACCGCCCGAUGGUGCGAAGACCAAUACAUGACUAUCGUGCUAUUUUCGGAGGGAUCCCUCUGGCUUUCCAGCAGCAGGAAGUAAACCCUGUCCCUGCUGGAAUCAUUUUUAAUCGAGUGUACAAUAAAAAGGUUACUCCGUCGAAGGAAAAUUAUUUCAGUGUUAUGGAUACACCUCCUUCUCCAGGCGAACUCUCUGCAGCAAGAAUAUUUGGUGGUAGACCUGUUGUAUCAGAGCCAAAAAUAGUAAUGACAUCAAAUCAUUAUGAAAAAAGAUUUAUCCGACGGUCUUUCGACAAGUCGGCUGCGGCAACACCAACCAGAAUAAAUCGUCGGGAGAAAAAUAAUGGACCCUACAAACUUCUGGGUAUUAUUGACCUAGAGCCGGAAACAGAUUCCGAAGAGAGUGUGGUUUCUCACACUCCUUCAGGGAAAAAUAAUUCAACAAGAGUAUCAGUAGCUAGUCAUCGCUCGAAUACAACGAGAAAUACGGCACUUCUGGGAAGUCCCACACUUACUCCAAAUUUAGGUAGUAGCAACGAGGAGGCAAAGAUGAAUAAACUAUACACCAUUGAAAUUGAAGAAGACGAGCGAGAAGAAAAUGAAGAUACUACAAUGGAAUUAUCGGAGGCAGAAGAUGAAUCACAACUAAUGAAGGAGGAUGAAGCAGAUAAAUCUCUACCCGGUACAUCUAAAACAAACUGUACUGAUGAUUUUCCUGAAGAGCAUUGUACUCUAACUGAUUCUGAAACCAGCUCAGCUACGCAAGUCAAUCCUUCGUCUUUAGCGAAUUCGUUCUGGGAUGUUUCUAGUUCCGGGUGCAUGAAAAUAACUAGCGAUAAAGAUGAUUCUGUGCAAAAUUGCAAAAAACACACGGAAUUUGAUUUGCUGCUGGACCGGAUUAACAAACAGGUGCCUGCAAUGUCUCAACAGGAUCGCAUUGAACAUUGGCGUGUAACAAAAGAGGAUUUACUGUAUUCUAUUCCGACAGUAGCAGAAAUUGAGUCCAGCACAUCAGUGAAGCGUCACAUGGAUGAUCCCAUACAUAUUUCGAGUGGUGAAAGUAGUAGCGGUUCAGAAACCAGUGACAGUCCGAGCUUGUUGAAGCUCAAACAAAAUCAGAAAUCAAACUUUAAAAAACGUCGAACCAUCGAUAGUUCACUAACUGGCGAAGCAUCGUCUCCAUCGUUACACUUAAGUGAGACGUUGGAUUUUCGGAGGACUCAAAUUAAUCCCGAAAUCGAUAAAGCCUCAAGCCAAAUUCAAGUGCGUAGAAACUACUGUAAGUUUCCCACGCGCUUCAAUCGGCUAGCGGAGGAAGAUAGUGUCCCAGGAAACGGACCGUCUGAUCCUUACGCUAACUUCCUUAACAACGACACUGAAAAGGAAACUUUCACACAAUAUUUAUGCAGAAAUCCGGCAUAUCGUCCCGAUCUCUUGACCAAACUGCGUUGUCGUCCUGAAGUCGACGAUAACAAAGUAGCCGUCGUUUUGUUGUCACCAAUUAGUCUAUCGCAACCAACAACAGUUGAAUCUAAUGUGAAUUCUAUUCGAGCGCCACCAGAUCGUCCCAAAUCAGCUGAUCGUGUGUCACGCUACGACAAAAAUCGAUCAACUUCGGUUGGUAAAACUCUGCGCUACAAGGUGCGCAAGCCGCAAUUGAAGAAAAAGUCCAUCGUAGUUGUUCGUUCUAAUCUUCGCAGCAUACGUCGUUUAAUGAUGAAGAGCUCCCUCCGGAACGGAAAGGUUCGCAAAAAGUCUUCCUUCGUGAACCUACUGAAUAGUUCAAAACAGAAACGCCGUAAAGGGGUUUCUAUUCAAUCCAAGUCUGAAUCAAACUUGCAAGAGUUAGAAAAGCACCAAAACGACACCAAUCUCAGCGUACCAGAGGAAACGCAACAAAAGGAUGUUCCGGUCAGAAAUCAACUUUCGCAGUCCACUAGAGUGUCGGUGGAUAGUGCCGUGAGCAGUUCGACGUCCGCCGAACAUAAACAACAGGAAACACCAGCAUUGGAACCACCACCAUUGAAGGCACCAACCGAUAUUCGUACUAUGAAGAAUCCGCUCUCCCGAACAAACGGGGAAGUGCUCAUGGUUUUCUUCGAAGCCAACAAACUAAUUGUGAUUCAGCAAGAGCUGGUCAGCUUUUGGGAGUGUUCCAAACUGACUGCUCUGCUUGGGCUCAAACAGGAGUUGCAUCUGAUCGGCCAGAUCAAACGGUCACAGACCGAUUUUCAAAUCGAUUCAUUAAACUCACAGCGUUUGGGAUUCAACGAGAAUGCACCAUUCUAUAUGGAACCGCGAGCACGAAAUCUAGAUGAAGAUGAAUCCCGUGUGUGCCCUCUGGCAUCGGUUUACAUUAAUCACUACUUCAUGAGUACAAGUGAGGACGACAAAGAGGAACAUUGUGUUCGAAUGAAAUCCCUCCAACUGGACAGUGUGAGAAGUAAACUUCCUGAUCUACUAUUCGUAACGUUGCCACGUUCGCGGUAUUUUAUAAUCUGCUGGCAUGAGCAAAUGUCCGAAACAGAUUUCCGUACUGGACUGUGCAAGUACAGUUUGACUCCGGACUUAGAAACCCUAGCGAGCAUUAGAGAAUUUCCAACCAUAACGCAAAAAAUAAAUUCUCUCAAAUGUAUGGACAAUGAACAGUUGAUUGGAUUGGGGAGUUCUAUGGUGGUAAUUUGGAGCUAUGAGAAUGGAUACUUGUUGUUCACGGUUGAUUUAAAAGUGUGCAUACACCAACCGCUGGUUACUUUUGUCCACUCAGAAAACGAUGAAAAAGCAUUGUUCCUUGUCCAGUUAUGUCCAUCGUCUAGUGGCAACCCGAAACGGAAACUCAUUAAAGUCAUUGCCAUAAACAUGAGUAAGCGAUCAUGGCACCAGGUUUUGGGGUACGAGGUUCCCUUGGAAUCUACUAGCAUUCUGUGUGAAUCAACGCUUUCUGCCGACUCAACGGGUCUCCACUGUACAACUUUUCAGAACGGCGAAUUGCUGGCAAUUAGUCUGGAUGAUCUCACGACGUGUUUCACCAACCAUAAGCAACUGCAAAGUCCCGAAGAACGUAGGGUAACUCGCGAUAUUCUUGCCACGAGGGAAAAAAUUUUCAUCGGUUCAACCGAUGGCAGGCAGAUAGUGUUGGUUAGUGAUAAGUUCAUUAAGUUAAAAACGAUAGACGAGUACUCGUUGGUAAGCAGCUAAAAAGUGCAGAGUGCUCGAGUAGAUGCUGUGCAGCAGACUUCGAUGGCAAAUGAGUAGACGUAGUAAUUGUUUAUAACAGAAGUCAUAUAUUGUAUAACCUAGAUCCUUUGAACAGCUUAAAAUUACUAAAACAAACUCGACGUAGAAAGGUGGUGCGGUAAGAAAACCGCAUACUGGUUUUUGUAACCCUUGGUUAAGUUGGGAACUUUCCAGCAUAUAUUUUUAUAGUUUUUAGCUAUAAGUGAGUGUUUUUGAUUGUCAUUGAGAUAACGGUCAAAGGAAAAACGUAUUCUUUCGGUUAACCCGUUUCUCCGUUCAAUUUUAUGGUUUUUACGUUAUAGUCUUAUUCAGAUGCUAGGGCAGGCAUAGGAUUUCUAAAGAAGUGCAUAAUCGUUGGGCUCACGCUUGCAUUGACUGUAAUAGUAUAGAUGUUUUAUUUCACUAUUUCGAGGACGUGCAACAAAAGAGACGAAAUCUUUGAUUUCGCAUAUUUAUGUACAUUUGAUAACUAAAUAACUUAUUGUUUUUAAACGAAACCAGUAGUACAGAUUGGUUUUGGAGACGAUUGAGUACAUUGAGAUAAAAUAUAUGAAAUAUACCUGUAAAAUCUAUUUUUGAAUUAC